UUGCCCAUAUAAGUUAUACGUUUCAUGUAAGCUGAGAGGGCGGAGCUCUCGCCACUAUAAGUAACUACUUCAACCAUUGGCUGUAUUUAUUUACUUUCGUUGUAGUAUUCCAUUUUAAAACGCUAGUGAGAAGAGAUCGAGUGAGUAAACCUCAGAAACAAGGCUACUUUAUUAGAGAGAAGUAGCUUGAUUUCUCACCAGCAGUUGCGAUACAUGAUUUUUUUUUUAAUACAUAUUCUUUUCACAGUAAAGAUAUGUCAAAGUUGAUCUAACGGAUUCGAGAAAGAAACGAUAAAACACAUUUACAAAGAAGAUUAAGAUUCUCGUUUGAGUUAAUAACAAACCAAAAUAAAGAAAAAAAAACUUUCAAAACAAAUAAACGGAACGAGUACAAUAAGUUAAAAACACGAACUCGGCACAUUUCAGAAAACUCCAGCGAAAUGACAUAACGAAUGAGAAGAUUGAAAGAAUUUUAAAGAAAUUAAAUUCUUUAAAAUGGAAAUUAAAAUGUCACGUAAUAAUUUGAGUGAAAAAAUUUCAAGGAAUAAGACAAACAACAAUAAUUACAUUUGAAGGAAGCAAACGACGAAGAUUGUUGUUUCUAAUUAAGAACUAAUUAAUCGAAAUCUUCUAUGAAUUAAUCGUUGAUAAUGGAAUAUUACCUACACUGACUUUUCUUCUAAAAUAUAUAUGUAUAGAUAUAUCUGUAUAUAUAUAUUUCACAAAAGGGAAGCUUUGGAACCACAAGGAAUUACUACUAAAAAAACAAAAAGAAAACUUAUUUAUUUAUAAGAAUCAAAGAAGCAACGGAAUUAAACGGAGUUGAACGAGCGUGUGUAUGACAGUGUUAUAAGAGUGAGUGAACACGAGAAAAUUAAUUGUGAACGAGUUUGUUUAUUUUUAUUUAAGUUUGUUUGUUUGGUUUGUUUGUUAUUUACGAGUGAUUUUCAACCAUCCGUUUUCUUCGCUUCACCUUUGGAGAAAAUAUUUCCUAGGGAUUUCAUAUUUUCCCUUACCUUCAUCCGUUUCACAUUUUGCUUCAAACCACCACGACACUUUUCAGAUGCCUUGUCUAGAGAGUGCUCACAUUACAAUGGAUGAUUAUUUCACUCCAGAAUGCUUGAGAGCUCAACUAAGAGCUGGGCACGAACUGCCAUUACUCGAUUGUCGAAGCCAAUGCGAGUUCGCACGCCGGCAUAUUAUCGGAGCUAUUAACAUCACCAUGCCAGCAUUACUCCAGAAACGACUGAAAACGGGAAAUCUUAACAUCCUUGGUAUUAUACAUAACAAUGAUGCAAACCACAGAUUUAAACGACAUUGGAAAACACACAAAAUUGUACUUUAUGAUGACUGCUCUACAGAUCUAAACGCAAAUCCAUCCAGUUUUUUGAAUUUAUUAUUAGAAAAAUUGCGCCAAGAAGGGUGUUCUGCUUGCUACUUGCUUGGUGGUUUUUCGACGUUUGAACAAAGAUAUCCUGAACUCAGUGCUUUCUUAGAUUCGGAAACCGAGUCUACCAUUAUUGGCCUCAGAAAUCUAUCUCUGUCAAGCGAAUCGUCAUAUAAUCUUCAAGAUGAAGAAUCGGAUACAAGUCCGUCGGAUACAUCGCCAUUACCAGUUCAAGUCUUACCGAAUCUUUUUCUGGGCAAUGCUAAGAACUCACAAGAGCUUUCACUUUUGAAACAAAACGGCAUCAAGUAUAUUCUUAAUGUAACUGCCAACAUGCCAAAUAUGUUCGAAAAAGACGAUUCUUUUAAAUAUAUGCAGAUUCCCAUCAAUGAUCACUGGUCUCAAAAUUUGUCUAUAUUUUUCCCGAAAGCCAUUGAAUUUAUCGAGGAAGGUCUUUCACAAGAUUACGGUGUUCUAGUUCACUGCUUGGCUGGAAUUAGCCGGUCCGUAACAGUAACUGUUGCCUAUCUUAUGCAAAAGAUGUCCAUUACUUUGAACGAUGCUUAUGACCGAGUGAAAAAAUGUAAGCCGAACAUUUCACCGAACAUCAACUUCAUGGGCCAAUUGCUGGACUUUGAAAAAUCUCUAAACUGUGACAGCGAAAGUUGUCUUGAACUAUUAACACUUAGCAACCAUGAAACUUCGCCCGUUUUAAGUAGCCCCGAUGAGAAAGACUCAGAUGAAGACAGAUCGGAAGAAACAGACGACAGUCCAGAUUACAACGUGAAACUGAUGUCGUUGUAAAACAGCUCAGGGAAAUAACCGAACCAACCACAGUUCAUUAUUUGUGCAACUUCAGUUGUUUUUUUUGUUUUUAUGACUUUAU